ACAGCUAAUAUUUUGUAAUAAACUCAAAGAUCAAGUCAAUAUUUUCAGAGACCGUACACGUUAUUUUGGGGAGGUAAAAAAAAAAAAAAAAAAGAGCAUCUUGAUUUUGUUCUUUUGAUAGCUAGACACGCACACGAACCUUUGAGUAGUACGUCCCUACACCAACCAUAGUGGAUGUGGCAAAACUGCCAGUUUCUCCGUUUAUUUCACGGACUAGAUUGGUGUGGUAAAUGUAAAUACUAAAUGGACUCAAACGUAAAACAUCAAAGUGAUUGAUUUGAUAGUGGUGCAUAUUUCUGCCAGCAUCCCCCAGUUAACUGAAUGGUAUCACAAUCAUCAUUAUUGACGUGAUGAUGCCAAAACGUAAAUAGUGAAAAUCUUGGCAGAACGAGUGUGGGAAGGCAACAAGGGUGGGGUGGGUGCUUCCAAAUGUCUUCAUAUGUGCCUGUUAUGCUGCUAUUAAUCAGGUCAGAUGGCGACAGAAUCACUUCGCAGUGGCUUUCCAUAGAGUGCUCCACUUUUCCACAUCCAAUAUGGCGUCGGCGAACGAGCAGCUGAUAAUGUCUUCGUACAGCGCCACACGACACAGUAAUAUCUGCAAUUUCCCUAUAUUUAUGUACUCGGCAUGACUUUGACUAUACUAUGCAGUCAAACGAGUCCAUCCAAUGCCAUUGUGACGUGUUACACCACGGGCAUUUUAUCCUCGAUAUCCCGCAUUUUGAUUAUUAAACGUUAUCAGUGUCUUUAUCCUUUUUUUUGGUUUGUUUUAAUCAAACACAAAGCGCAUGUGUCAAUUCACUCGUUAAUGGAAAAGCGCCGGGAUGGAGAACGGACAAGGAAUAAGUUGGAUGUCAAAUUCGUUUCCAUUUGGCGAGGGAGCCGUCGUGUUGUUAUGACGACGGGGUCGUAAAUCCGCCAUGUUUGCCACCCCGCGGCCGCGUUGCGACACAGACGCGGAGUGGAAGCCCUCGAACGACAUGAACGUCGAAAAGAUCCUUACGGCACACGAGCGGCGGCGGCGGCGGCAACGCGCGGACGACGGCGGCGACACGAUCACCAUCCACGGCAACCUCGGGGACGAAGAUGAGGAUGUGCACAAAUGCGGACGCUGUCAGAACGAGUUUACCUCCUUGGAGGCUUUUAUUCAACACAAGCUGCGUCACAGCUGCAGACGAGAGUCGAGCAGUCAAAGUGAAGAGCAAAUGGUUGAGGCUUCCGAUGGAAGCAACCAAGUGGUGCGAGAAGCUGCCUCAAGCGAGCCACAGAACACCAGCAUCAAAGACGAUGCGAGCGCCGCUGCGUUGGGACGAGGCUGUCGGAAGAAAAGCACAUCUUUGAAAGCGGCCGCACAGUCCGAGACGCCCGAAGUGUCCGUUUCCGACAACGCCGAGAGCGACAGGCCCGUUUACAAAGUCAACGUCGAUGGGCGCUACCUUUGCCAGCUCUGUGACAAGACCUUUAAAACGAGUAAUAUCUUGAAAACUCACAUGAAGACCCACAGCGAUCAAAAGAAUUUUGCCUGUGAACUGUGCGGCACGUCCUUCCGCACUAAAGGCUCCUUGAUCCGUCACAACCGGCGACACUCUGAUGAGCGACCGUACCACUGCAUGCUGUGCGGCCAGUCGUUCAGAGAGUCGGGAGCCCUCACCCGACACCUCAAGUCCCUCACGCCCUGCAUUGAGAAGAUCCGCUUUUCUCAGUGCAAGGAGAUUCUGGUGAGCAAGGAUGGAAUGAAGAAAGGACCCGGCACGGCUGGCCCAGUUGAGACCGCUCAGCAGCAGGAGGAGGAGGAGGAGGAGGAGGAGGAGGAGGAGAAGGAGGGGCAGCCGCCAGAGGAGCGAGGGGUGGAGGCGCAAACUGCCGUCAUCAGUUUGGUGGAGGCGGGCUCCCAAGAGGUCAUCCACCAGGUCCACUUCACCAUGGAGGUGGACGGCACCACUCAGGAGCAACAGGUCAUCGUGGACCAGUCUCAGGCGGAAGCCCUCGCCGCCGCCGCCGCUGCCGCCGGCGAUAACCUCAUCUGCCAGGCCAUCCUCAACUCCGGCAUCGCGCUCAGGGCGGAGGAAGGCGUGCGGGCUGCGGAGGCCGCGGACGAGCUGGACAAAAUGGUCAUCGAGUGUCCUGGCGCUGACGGCCCGGAGAUCCAAGUUAAAGACGAUUUAGAGGGAGUGGGGCCACGGCAACCGGGUCAGACGGCCUCCAAAUUGUACACUUGCCCGCACUGUAAUCGCUCCUUCAAGGGUUUGAACUACUUCCGCUUCCACGUCAAAGGUCAUUCGGGUUAUAAGCCCUUCAGGUGCACCCUGUGCCAGCGAGACUUCCUCAGCGGCUACCUGCUGAAGAAGCACAUGGACGUCCACGUCAGCGAGCGGCGCUACAAGUGCGGCGAGUGCGGCAAGCUGUACAAAACUCGCGGGCACGUGCAGGAACACAUGAGGGCCCACUCCAAUGAACGGCCACACACCUGUGCCAGAUGCAAGAAAGCCUACAAGACCAAGAACGCUCUGCAAGUCCAUCAGCGGACCCACGGCGAGGAGAAGCCUUACGUGUGUCAGUUCUGUUUCCGAGGCUUCCGCGAGAAAGGCUCGUUGGUGCGACACACUCGCCACCACACCGGCGAAAAGCCUUUCAAGUGCCCAAAGUGCGGUCGGGGCUUCGCCGAGCACGGCACUCUCAACCGCCACAUACGCGCUAAAGGAGGCUGUCACAAGGAUGCGUCCGGCAAGCAGCGGCAGCGGCAGGGGGAGGGGGAGGAGCUGGUGGUCACAGAGGAGCAGGUCCCCGGGGAGAACCUCGUCACAGAAGACCCUCACGCGUUGCUGGUGGAGUUCUCCUCUGUGGUGGCCGACACGCAAGAGUACAUCAUCAAGACUCAGAGCGAUGAGGAAGGCCACGAAGAACAGCUUACGCUCAUCCAGGACAGCCAAAAUGAGAUGGGCAACCAGAUCGUGAAGGUCGUGCAGCAAAUCGUCAGCCAGUCGCACAGCGCGGGCAGCCACCAAAUCAUCCUCCGCAACGUCGGCGGGGGCGAGGAGGGCGCGUCCAUCGUGGACUGCGGCGACACCAUCACCAUCGCCACGCCCGAGAGCCUGACGGAGCAGGUCGCCAUGACGCUGGCCUCGGCCAUCAGCGACGGCACGCUGCUGGCCGACGCCGUCAAGACGGCGCAGGGGACGGUCGCCGUGAUGACCGUGGAGGAGGCGGUCCAGGAGGGGAUCCAGCUGGUGCAGCAGCAGGAAUACGAUGUGGUCACCACCCCCCAGGAGGUGGAGAUUCAUACUGUCAUUGUGUGAGGUCAAAGCGGGCAAAGCUGGCAAAAACCUCGACGUUUUUGGCUCAUCAUUUGCCCACCCAGUGAAUUCCCCUCCCGGGCCAGUCAAAUGCCCCCGUCGUGGCUUCUGUUGCUCGGGAAGACCUCCUCCAGAACUCAAGCCUUUUGGGUGUCAUCUGACCAUCCUUGUUGCUUCUCCGCGGUCCGAAACAUAAACAUCAAGUCUGAGCAAAUCCCACCUGUCCCCUUUCGUAGCUUUGCCGCCGGCGCCGUCGUCUUUCCUUCCCUUUGCAGGCCCACGUUUCACUCGUUAACGUUAGGCGACAUCAAAGAAAUGUUAUUUUCUUAAAAAGUGGUCUGCUUUUCUGAAACUUUUUACACCAAGUAUCACCCCCACCCCCAAAAAAACAACACAAAUCUCUCCAAUUACAACCCUAAUGACAAGUAUUAAAAAUGAAGUGGUCGUGGAAAACAA